UUGCCGAAGGCGGAGGGAUGGGGGGUCGAGUUCCUGGGUCCCUGGCCUGGGAAGGGUUCUAGGGACCGGACGUCGGGGUUCUUGGAAGGAGAGAUGAGGAGUUUUCAGCGUAACUGGGGCUCACGCAGGAAGCCCGAGGGAGUGGGAGGCGGAAACUUAGCCACAUCAAGGGGCCGAGGGGGGGCUGCGGAGGUGAAGGGGCGGGCGAGGAAAGGGCUGGGGUGUGAGGGUCCGAGACUUGCUCUUCUGUCCCCUUCAAGAUCCGGCCACAGGCAUGAGGGGCCCCGGGCCGAGAUGAUAGUGCUGGCGCCAGCCUGGAGCCCAACUACCUCCCUGCUGUUGCUGCUGCUGCUGCUCAGCCCCGGGCUCCGCGGGACCCCCGACUGCUCCUUCCGGUACAACCCCAUCUCCUCCACCUUCGCCGCCGUCAUCCGCAAGCUGGCCGACUACCUGCUGGAAGACUACCCGGUCACGGUGGCCUCCAACCUGCAGGACGACGAGCUCUGCGGCUCCUUCUGGCGGCUCUCCCUGGCCCAGCGCUGGGUGGUCCGGCUGAAGGCCGUGGCGGGGUCCCGGAUGAAGACGCUGCUGGAGGACGUCGACACUGAGAUCCACUUUGUCACCCUUUGUGACUUCGAGCCCCUCCCCAGCUGCCUUCGCUUCGUCCAGACCAACAUCUCCCACCUCCUGCAGGACACCUCCCAGCAGCUGGGGGCCCUGAAGCCCUGGAUCACCAGCAGGAAUUUCUCCGGGUGCCUGAAACUGCGGUGUCAGCCAGACCCCUCCACCCCGCUGUCCCUGCGGAGCCCGGGGGCCUUGGGGGCCACGGCGCUGCCUGCCCGGCAGACCCCUCUGCUGCUCCCGCUGCUCCUGCCAGGGGCGCUGCUGCUGCUGCUGGUGGCCUGGUGCCUGCACUGGAGGAAGAGGCGGCGGCGGAGGCCCCAGGAGGUGGCCCCCGCCUUCAACCCCCAAGAUGUGCAGCCCCUGAGGCCGGUGGAGCACUAAGUGGUCUGGGACCCGCGGACAGCCUGACACAUCCCCGCCUGUUGUCCCGUUUCACAGAGGACACCAGAAGGAGGAGUCACCUGCCAGGGGACACAC